UCUCUCUCUCUCUCUCUCUCUCUCGUCUUAACAACAUAAUUCUGCACAGGAUAUAGUUAAUUUUCGAGCUUUCACGUUUUGGCUGCAGCUAUGGCCCUUACUCUACGUUCAUCGACUUCUUUCAUGACCAACCCCAUCGACCCCAGCAAGAGCCACAAGGCCUCCGACGAGUCCCCCAGCUUGCUCCCCCUCAGCCCCCGUAAGCCUGCCUGCCGCCUCCGAGCGGCGAAAGCGUCCAACCACGGCAUGAUCGAGCGAGCACCGGCAGUGCACGGGGGCUGGAAGGCCGAGCAGCUCCACGGGCUCUCCGGCGUGCACCGAGUUCCCGGAGGGACGGCUCGGGUGCCGGUCUACGUGAUGCUGCCACUGGACACGGUGUCGCCGGAGGGGAGACUGCAGAGGGCGAGGGCGCUGAACGCCAGCCUGAUGGCCCUGCGCAGCGCCGGGGUGGAGGGGGUGAUGGUGGACGUGUGGUGGGGGCUGGUCGAGAAGGACGGCCCCCUGCGCUACAACUGGGAGCCGUAUCUGGAGCUGGCGCAGAUGGUGGAGAGGAACGGGCUCAAGCUUCAGAUGGUCAUGUCCUUCCACCAGUGUGGCGGUAACGUGGGAGACUCUUGCAGCGUUCCAUUGCCGCCAUGGGUGCUUGAAGAGACGAGGAGGGAUCCGGACAUCGUGUACACCGACAGAUCGGGACGACGCAACCCCGAGUACAUCUCGCUCGGCUGCGACACGUUGCCGGUGCUCAUGGGGCGAACUCCCAUCCAAGUCUAUUCCGAUUACAUGAGAAGCUUCAAGGACAGAUUCAACUGCUACCUCGGCCAUGUCAUUGUCGAAAUCCAAGUAGGGAUGGGCCCCUGUGGGGAGCUGAGGUACCCAUCUUAUCCUGAGAGCAAUGGAACUUGGAGGUUUCCUGGGAUUGGAGAAUUCCAGUGCUAUGACAAGUACAUGAAAGCUUCUCUGCAAGCUGCUGCGGUUGCAGCCGGACAUGAGGAGUGGGGCAAGGAUGGGCCGCAUGAUGCUGGGCACUACAACCAGUUCCCGGAGGACACCGGCUUCUUCCGGAGAGAAGGCACGUGGAACACACACUACGGCAAAUUUUUCCUCGAAUGGUACUCGGGAACGCUACUGGAGCACGGCGACCGCGUCCUGGCUGCAGCAGAGGCCAUAUUCCGCGGCACCGGCGCCAAACUAUCCGGCAAAGUUGCAGGAAUCCACUGGCACUACCGAACCCGUUCUCAUGCAGCCGAGCUCACCGCCGGCUACUACAACACGAGGUUCCACGACGGCUACCUGCCCGUAGCAAAGUUGAUGGCGACGAGGGGCGUUGUCCUCAACUUCACGUGCAUGGAGAUGAGAGACGAGCAGCAACCGGGCCACGCCAACUGUUCGCCGGAGCUAAUCGUUCGGCAGGUGAAGCAGGCGGCCAAGGCAGCCGGAGCGGAGCUGGCGGGGGAGAAUGCAUUGGAGAGGUACGAUGAGAAGGCGUACUCGCAGGUGUUGGCUACGAGCAGGGCCGACGACAGCAUUGACCUGAGUGCCUUCACCUACUUGAGGAUGAACAAGAGGCUCUUUGAAGGUGAGAAUUGGCGGCACUUCGUCUCGUUCGUGAAGAGCAUGUCGGAAGGUGGAAGGAAGGUUGUGCCCCACAAGAGUGAUUGCAGCCACUCCGACCUCUACGUUGGUCACAUCACCGGAUGCAAGAACUCGAAGAUGGCUGAAGCAUCCGCUGCCUGAUGACUACGAGAAUACAUACGGAGAAUACAUACGCAGAUCCAUGUAUACAUAAUUGGAUAUGGUUGUUCGGUGUAAUUAUAGCUGCACGCAUAGCAAACAAUACACCAGAAUUUAAGGACUAUACGUAGAACCAAACAAAAUUGAAAACUAGUUGGUUGGGCAAAGUAUAUGUUCAUUCAAUUGAAGAAAUAUAUAUUUAUAUGACAGGUUUUAAUAA